AUGGCAGAAACAGAUGAGUCUUUGGAGGAAGCGCUCGCAAGGCUUGUGGCAGAGGCUCAGGUGGAAGACUUCCCGCUGUCAUCCGAGCCAGGGCUGGAGACCAAUCCAGAUGAUGCUGCACUUGUUCCGUUUCUUGAAGAUUUGGACAGUGCUGUGAAUCACAGCUCCAGUGUCGAUGGUGUACAGCAUCGCCAAGAGGACGAAGAGGAUGCUGCGCUGCUUCCGUUCCUUGCAAGUCUUGCAGGUGAGGCAGGUGACACUGGUGUCACUGCGCCUGUGAGUGAGUCUGCUCCGGCGCCCGCUGCUCCGGCGCAAGAGCGGCGAAAGCGUCAACGAAUCGAUUGGCAACUUGCCGCAAGGCCUCCAACGCCGCGUAGCGUCAAAGAGGCUCUGGACCAACUGGGCCACCGUGACCGGACUGAUGCACGAGAUGCCUGGGUGUUCCGUUUCCUUGCCGCAGCACCGGACCUGAAGGCGAAGUUUUCGGACAGCAAAGCGGCUAAGGCAGCUUUACGGAAGUAUUUCGCAUCGAGUACGAGCGAAAUGCUGCGGCACGAGUGGUAUAAGCAUUGGGUGGCGCCUGCGGCUUGCGGCAAGCCAGCUUUUCCUUCCACGGAGGUUGUUUUGGCAUGGUGGCGACAGCAUUCAGACUUGGACUUGCAGAUCGUCGCUAGCAGCGCUCCUGGAAACCAUGAUGGUGACCCUGCGCCAGCAGAUGGACACGAGGGAGGGUCUCGUGUGCAUGGCUACAUGUUGACCUGGCACGGCCGCUGGGGUUGUCGAAAUCCGGAAGCCCAGGAACUCAUGCAGAUGAGUGCGACUACGCCUUCAGCUGUGUUAGUGCACUUAGUUUCUGGCAGCGCUUUUUACAAGUGGCUUUGGCAGCAGUUCAAAGUCAUGGCGUUGGGCGCGUGCGAAAAGUUGGAAUGGCCUCGGCACACAUUGAAAAUGGAGCUUUCAUUGCGUAGACGUUGCCCCGAGAAUCUGGUGCAUUUCCACCUUGCAGUCACCGACUCCAAUCGACGCCAUAGGCUGAGCAAUGAGAAUGGCUUUUGGACGUUCAUGGGUGCCCAGCCACAUGUUCAGCCUGUUUUGGGAAAAGGGAGAUAUUUGACGAGGGCUCUUGAUGCUGGCCACUAUUACUGUCAGGCGCCGAAGAUAGGCAGCGUGCACGUGGCUACCAACUACGUGGCGUAUCGAGAUUUUACAGUGGAACUCCAAACAAUAUUUAACUUGUGGCGACGCCACAAGCUUGAAGAUUCUGUGGCGAAAUCCGAGCUCAUGACGGCACGUGGCCGCGGGACUCGCAACUACUUGGCCGAGAUCCAGCAUCAUGAGGCGUGGCAACAGGCGCGACGGAAUGCAGCGGUUAAGGCUUUGUUGGAAAGCUGGAUGCCUUGGAAGCCGAGCCGUAUCGUGGAAUGGAUGCAGCUCUUUGCAACAGUUGGCACGAGGGCACGCUUUCCUUUCCUGGUUCUUGUUGGCCCUAGCCAGUAUGGAAAAACCGAGUACGCGAAGCGGCUCUGGGGCGCAGAGCGGACGCUGGUGCUUUCAUGCGAGGGUAUUCGACAACCGAAUUUGAAGGGCUUUCAGCGACAAGUUCACAAAUGCAUAGUUUUCGACGAAGGCAAUGAAGAGAUGAUUUUGUCGAACAGGCAGCUCUUUCAGGCAGGUUUGAACGAGUGCAUGCUUGCGCAGUCCAACUGUCAAGAGCACUGUUACUCGGUGUGGCUGUAUGGCAUCGCUCUGGUGAUUUCCACGAACACCUGGCUUGGCGAGGAUCCAUGGCUUGCGAAGAAUGCAGUCGUCGUCCGCGUAGACGCGGUUUUGCGUUUGAAACAUGGCUGCCGCAAAUCCAACAGUGGAGCUGCAGCGGUUGCAUGUCUUCGAAGAAAGAUUUCUUCGUUGUCACGGACGAGAAGAGCCGAGAAGCAGCGGGAAGCCAACAUGGGCUUGAAUCCCCGUCAAGUGUUUGUCUUAUUGGCGAUUUAUGUACUUACUGGUGACCCAGCGGUGGCUCUCGAGUAUAUCAGCGCGAAGGCUGCGCGUGAACAGAUGGAAGAGGCAGACGCAGAAGACAAGAAACGAUAUGUGGAAGAGCUGUACCUCAAAACAAGCUUGGAAGACAUAGCAUCGCUGCAGGAUCCUUCUGGUUCGCGGCAGGGCAUUUACAAGACUGCACAGCGUUGGAUUGCCAGACGAAAAGCCAGAAACUUCGUGUGCAAUAUGAAUGCGAUUGGCGUGGCUCCAAGUUCAGAGCAAGUUGCAGAAGAAUAUCGCAAACAAAGUGCGUCCUUUGUACCAACUACCGAUGCCCGUGGAUUACGAGCCUGGAGCAGUCGCUUCCGUCGCAGUUUUGCCUUCCGGCUGGGCAAGAUGAAAGCGGCCAAGCCAGUGGGAGAUGUUUGUGCAAAGGCCGAGGUUGCGGGACCUGAGCUUCCACGAGAGCCCGACCGUGUGGAACUGCCCCAGGUACAAGCCAAGCAGCUGAGCAAGGUGGUAAAGGCAUGGCACUGCAUGGCAGAAACAGAUGAGUCUUUGGAGGAAGCGCUCGCAAGGCUUGUGGCAGAGGCUCAGGUGGAAGACUUCCCGCUGUCAUCCGAGCCAGGGCUGGAGACCAAUCCAGAUGAUGCUGCACUUGUUCCGUUUCUUGAAGAUUUGGACAGUGCUGUGAAUCACAGCUCCAGUGUCGAUGGUGUACAGCAUCGCCAAGAGGACGAAGAGGAUGCUGCGCUGCUUCCGUUCCUUGCAAGUCUUGCAGGUGAGGCAGGUGACACUGGUGUCACUGCGCCUGUGAGUGAGUCUGCUCCGGCGCCCGCUGCUCCGGCGCAAGAGCGGCGAAAGCGUCAACGAAUCGAUUGGACUGCGAAGGCCGCAAGGCCUCCAACGCCGCGUAGCGUCAAAGAGGCUCUGGACCAACUGGGCCACCGUGACCGGACUGAUGCACGAGAUGCCUGGGUGUUCCGUUUCCUUGCCGCAGCACCGGACCUGAAGGCGAAGUUUUCGGACAGCAAAGCGGCUAAGGCAGCUUUACGGAAGUAUUUCGCAUCGAGUACGAGCGAAAUGCUGCGGCACGAGUGGUAUAAGCAUUGGGUGGCGCCUGCGGCUUGCGGCAAGCCAGCUUUUCCUUCCACGGAGGUUGUUUUGGCAUGGUGGCGACAGCAUUCAGACUUGGACUUGCAGAUCGUCGCUAGCAGCGCUCCUGGAAACCAUGAUGGUGACCCUGCGCCAGCAGAUGGACACGAGGGAGGGUCUCGUGUGCAUGGCUACAUGUUGACCUGGCACGGCCGCUGGGGUUGUCGAAAUCCGGAAGCCCAGGAACUCAUGCAGAUGAGUGCGACUACGCCUUCAGCUGUGUUAGUGCACUUAGUUUCUGGCAGCGCUUUUUACAAGUGGCUUUGGCAGCAGUUCAAAGUCAUGGCGUUGGGCGCGUGCGAAAAGUUGGAAUGGCCUCGGCACACAUUGAAAAUGGAGCUUUCAUUGCGUAGACGUUGCCCCGAGAAUCUGGUGCAUUUCCACCUUGCAGUCACCGACUCCAAUCGACGCCAUAGGCUGAGCAAUGAGAAUGGCUUUUGGACGUUCAUGGGUGCCCAGCCACAUGUUCAGCCUGUUUUGGGAAAAGGGAGAUAUUUGACGAGGGCUCUUGAUGCUGGCCACUAUUACUGUCAGGCGCCGAAGAUAGGCAGCGUGCACGUGGCUACCAACUACGUGGCGUAUCGAGAUUUUACAGUGGAACUCCAAACAAUAUUUAACUUGUGGCGACGCCACAAGCUUGAAGAUUCUGUGGCGAAAUCCGAGCUCAUGACGGCACGUGGCCGCGGGACUCGCAACUACUUGGCCGAGAUCCAGCAUCAUGAGGCGUGGCAACAGGCGCGACGGAAUGCAGCGGUUAAGGCUUUGUUGGAAAGCUGGAUGCCUUGGAAGCCGAGCCGUAUCGUUCCUGCAGUUGUGGAAUGGAUGCAGCUCUUUGCAACAGUUGGCACGAGGGCACGCUUUCCUUUCCUGGUUCUUGUUGGCCCUAGCCAGUAUGGAAAAACCGAGUACGCGAAGCGGCUCUGGGGCGCAGAGCGGACGCUGGUGCUUUCAUGCGAGGGUAUUCGACAACCGAAUUUGAAGGGCUUUCAGCGACAAGUUCACAAAUGCAUAGUUUUCGACGAAGGCAAUGAAGAGAUGAUUUUGUCGAACAGGCAGCUCUUUCAGGCAGGUUUGAACGAGUGCAUGCUUGCGCAGUCCAACUGUCAAGAGCACUGUUACUCGGUGUGGCUGUAUGGCAUCGCUCUGGUGAUUUCCACGAACACCUGGCUUGGCGAGGAUCCAUGGCUUGCGAAGAAUGCAGUCGUCGUCCGCGUAGACGUUGCAUGUCUUCGAAGAAAGAUUUCUUCGUUGUCACGGACGAGAAGAGCCGAGAAGCAGCGGGAAGCCAACAUGGGCUUGAAUCCCCGUCAAGUGUUUGUCUUAUUGGCGAUUUAUGUACUUACUGGUGACCCAGCGGUGGCUCUCGAGUAUAUCAGCGCGAAGGCUGCGCGUGAACAGAUGGAAGAGGCAGACGCAGAAGACAAGAAACGAUAUGUGGAAGAGCUGUACCUCAAAACAAGCUUGGAAGACAUAGCAUCGCUGCAGGAUCCUUCUGGUUCGCGGCAGGGCAUUUACAAGACUGCACAGCGUUGGAUUGCCAGACGAAAAGCCAGAAACUUCGUGUGCAAUAUGAAUGCGAUUGGCGUGGCUCCAAGUUCAGAGCAAGUUGCAGAAGAAUAUCGCAAACAAAGUGCGUCCUUUGUGCCAACUACCGAUGCCCGUGGAUUACGAGCCUGGAGCAGUCGCUUCCGUCGCAGUUUUGCCUUCCGGCUGGGCAAGAUGAAAGCGGCCAAGCCAGUGGGAGAUGUUUGUGCAAAGGCCGUGCUCUUCUGGCGCCACGCUGCUUGGUUGGAACGCUCCAGCACGAAGCAGCCAGUCUACAUCAAUAUAGAUGAAACGGCUUUAGCCUAUUCGUUCCAUGCUGCGCCUGGCCUGAUACAGCGGAAAUUCCACGCAGAGGUUCAAAUUAGACCUCAAGACGCACGUGGGUGCAUCACCCACGUCGCUCUCGUCUCAAAUGUCCUCGGUGUGCAAGCGUAUUUGCCACAGAUUUUAAUAUGUAACAAGCGUCGUCUCAGCAGAACCCUGGAGCAACAAUUGCAAAGCGUUGUUCCCUCCACCGUGAUGCUCUGUCGUGAGGAUUCCUCAUGGAAUUCAGCACGACAUAUGGUCUCCUUGCUCACUCUCUUGGGUCAGCUCUUUCGCAUCCGCUUCCCGCAAUAUCAGGCCAUUGUUGUCUUCGACGCGGCCUCGUGCCAUCUUUCUCCGGGCGUCAUAAGAGAAGGACGCCUCCAGGGGUUAUUCAUGCUGCCGGUGCCCCCAGGCAUGACGUCCUACCUGCAGCCUCUAGAUUUAUGGUGUUUUGGACCAUAUAAGAAAUGGCUGGAGCGCGAAAACCGCCAGCAGCGAAUUUGCCAAAAUGGGUCCGUGUCUCUAGAGACUUGGUUUAGAACAAUUUUCAAAGCGUGUACAGACUACUGGACGAAUCGUCCCUUUUGGAAGGCCUUUGCACAGGCAGGCCUUCCCACAUCCGAGCAAAGGUUGCAUGGCAAGCUUGCCUCGCUGUUCCCGGAGGGAAUUCCCAGUCUGGAGCAAGCUUUGUCUCAAGAUGAAUUUGCCCAGUUGUUGCCUAAAAGGCACGACUUGACCCGGACUUUUUCUGACUGGGUGGGCGGUCCCCGGCGAGAGGUGCCGGUGCUUUCCUAA